AUGCCCGACAGACCUGAAAUCCAAGCGCCAUGGGUCGCUGAUGCGACAGCGGCCGAGAUGGACUUCCUUGACUCCUCCUUUUUCGCGAGCAAGCUGGGUCAGAAACACCUUCCAACUCCAACUGAAGUUGCCGUGUGUUCGCCAGAUUUCCGCAUCAACCCCCGAUCCAAACCAGUCAAGUUCGAGCAUCUUGGGCUUAUUGUCAAGUUCGGUCCUUGUGUGGUAGUUGAAGAGGCUAUAUGCCUUCGUAUGCUGCGAAAAACCCUUCCUGAAAAGGUCCCUGUUCCAGAGGUGUAUGGCUGGAGAGUAGAAGAGGGUCGCGUGUUUAUUUACAUGGAGCUUAUUCAGGGAGAAACCUUGUAUGAUCGAUGGGAUCACCUAAACGACCAAGGAAAAAUAUCGAUUUGUGCUCAGCUGAAGGAGAUUGUUGCGGUUCUGCGGCAGCUUGAGCCAGACCCUUCAGACUCAUUUAUUGGAUCUAUCACUCGUCGAUAUUUACUCGACUACGUCUUCCAGGCGAUGCCAUCAGCGGGGCCAUUCACGACCGUCAAAGAGUUUAAUGACUGGUUUUCCGCAUUGCCUCAACAGCAGCUCCCCGAUUCAUUGAAAUACAAGGACCCUUAUCGGGAGUUUUUGCCGGAUGAUGGAACAAUCAGGUUCACUCAUGGAGACUUGCACCGCGGCAACAUCAUAGUUUCCCGCACAGAUCCGCCGCGUGUCGUGUCGGUAAUCGACCGGACACAUGCUGGCUGGUAUCCAGACUAUUUGGAGUAUUGCAAGGCUCUAUACACAUCUGAUUACAAUGGGGAGUGGCGCAAUACCUAG